GAGUCAUAUGUACGUACUAAAUUUCUUAUCCUCACAAUUGCCACUGCAUUGGCCUUGUAAUCUCGUCCAACCAAUUCAUAAUCCACUCAACAAUUAUCUCCCGUAAAACAGUUUCCACCCAUCAAUUCUUCUCCUCCCACUCCUUGCUUUCUCACUUAAUAUCAUUUGAUCGCCUUUUUCUUUAGUGUUUCAAUCAUGGCUGCUGCAGUGAGUGCUGGAGUUUCUCUUCCAUCCUCCAAGUCUAUUUCUCUUCCAACCAGAACCGCCAUUUUUCCCCCAGAAAGAAUCAACUUCAACAAGCAGGUGCCCUUGUACUACAGAAAUGUGUCUGGUGGUGGGAAGGUGAUCCGAGCUCAGGUCACAACGGAGGCUCCUGCCAAGGCCGAGAAGAUUUCCAAGAAACAGGAAGAAGGGGUAGUUGUCAACAAGUACAGGCCCAAGGAACCAUACAUUGGCAGGUGCCUUCUCAACACGAAGAUCACUGGCGACGAUGCCCCUGGAGAAACCUGGCACAUGGUCUUCACCACUGAGGGAGAGAUCCCUUACAGAGAAGGCCAAUCCAUUGGGAUAAUUGCCGAUGGUGUUGACAAGAAUGGGAAGCCUCAUAAGCUGAGGUUGUAUUCAAUUGCAAGCAGUGCCCUAGGAGACUUUGGAGACUCUAAGACUGUCUCUUUGUGUGUUAAAAGGCUCGUUUACACCAACGACCAAGGAGAAAUUGUGAAAGGAGUUUGCUCAAACUUCUUGUGUGACUUGAAACCUGGAUCAGAAGCGAAGAUAACUGGACCUGUUGGGAAAGAAAUGCUUAUGCCAAAAGAUCCUAAUGCAACCGUAAUUAUGCUUGCCACUGGAACUGGAAUUGCCCCUUUCCGUGGAUUCUUGUGGAAAAUGUUCUUUGAGAAACAUGACGACUACAAGUUCAAUGGUUUGGCAUGGCUUUUCUUGGGUGUUCCCACAAGCAGCUCAUUGCUCUACAAAGAGGAAUUUGAGAAAAUGAAGGAAAAGUAUCCGGAUAACUUUAGGUUGGACUUUGCUGUUAGCCGAGAACAAACCAAUGAGAAAGGUGAGAAAAUGUACAUCCAGACUCGGAUGGCUCAAUAUGCCGAAGAACUAUGGGAAUUGCUCAAGAAAGACAACACCUUUGUCUACAUGUGUGGACUGAAGGGCAUGGAAAAGGGAAUUGACGACAUAAUGGUUUCAUUGGCUGCUAAAGAUGGUAUUGACUGGAUAGAAUAUAAAAAGCAGUUGAAAAAGGCAGAGCAAUGGAAUGUGGAAGUCUACUAAUGAAUUUUUCCUUUCUUGUAUUGUACAAAUAUCAGCCAGCCAAUGUCAGUUUAUCUGUGCUGGUGUAGAUAGGCUACUUUCUUUUUUGUAACUUAUUUUCUUUUUCCUAUAUUCUUCUUUCUUGAUCAAGCCGUCGCACUGGUGACCACUAUGGAAUUUUUCAGCAUGGAUCAUGAAUAAGAUAACAAGUUUUAAACUCCUAA